AUGUUAUCUCUUCAGGCCAGGGAACUGCUCGACGCAUCACAUAGCGGAAUGGAAGACGUAAAGAAAAGAGUGCUAGAGUUCCUCGCUGUCCGGAAACUCAGCGAUUCGGUCACCGGUCCGAUUUUGUGCUUCGCAGGUCCACCAGGUAUUGGAAAGACAAGUAUCGCAAAAGCCAUCGCACAGUCGCUCGGACGCAAUUUUGAAAGGAAUCUCGCUCGGUGGAUAUCUGCGGACGAAAAGUGCAUAUUCGUGUCAUCGCAAGGACUUACGUGGCAGCCAUGUGGCACGAAUUAUUCGAACCGCCCUGGAAGAUGCCCUGGCAAAGCUAAUAAUGGUCCACUCUAUAGCGCCUUGAUGAAGUCGAUAGGCUGUUAUACUCUGUCUUCACGAGGGUUGUUCGACCACGUCGGCUGCUUGCCUGGAGGUGUUGGAUCCUGA